AUUCUAGGGCAACAGAUUAAUGACUUCACCCUUCCUGAUGUUAACCUGAUCGGAGAGCAUGCUGACGCUGCGGAGCUUGGAAGAAUGCUGCAGCUUAUUUUGGGAUGCGCGGUGAAUUGUGAACAGAAGCAAGAGUACAUCCAGACCAUAAUGAUGAUGGAAGAAUCGGUUCAACAUGUUGUCAUGACAGCCAUUCAGGAGUUGAUGAGUAAAGAGUCUCCAGUCUCUGUUGGAAAUGAUGCUUACGUUGACCUUGAUCGACAGCUGAAGAAAACUACAGAAGAAUUAAAUGAAGCACUAGCAACAAAAGAAGAAAUUGCCCAGAGAUGUCAUGAGUUAGAUAUGCAGGUUGCAGCCCUCCAGGAGGAGAAGAGCAGCUUGCUUGCUGAGAACCAGAUUUUGAUGGAACGUUUAAAUCAAUCAGAUUCUAUUGAAGAUCCCAACAGUCCUGCAGGUCGAAGGCACUUACAGCUGCAGACACAACUAGAACAACUCCAAGAGGAAACGUUCAGAUUAGAGGCUGCCAAAGAUGACUAUCGAAUACGCUGUGAAGAAUUAGAAAAGGAAAUUGCUGAAUUAAGACAACAAACAGAAGAGCUUACUACUUUGGCAGAAGAGGCUCAGUCUUUGAAGGAUGAGAUAGAUGUACUCAGGCAUUCUUCUGAUAAAGUAGCCAAAUUAGAAAGCCAGGUAGAGUCAUACAAAAAGAAAUUGGAAGAUCUGGGUGAUCUGCGACGGCAAGUGAAACUUUUAGAAGAGAAGAAUACAAUGUACAUGCAAAAUACUGUGAGCCUGGAGGAAGAACUAAGGAAGGCCAAUGCAGCACGCGGUCAGCUGGAAACAUACAAAAGACAGGCAGUUGAACUACAAAACAGGUUAUCUGAAGAAUCCAAGAAAGCUGAUAAAUUAGAUUAUGAAUGCAAACGACUGAGAGAAAAAGUAGACAGCCUCCAAAAAGAAAAAGAUAGAUUAAGAACAGAAAGGGAUUCUUUGAAAGAAACUAUUGAAGAGCUUAGAUGUGUACAAGCUCAGGAAGGUCAACUCACCACUACAGGAUUAAUGCCUCUGGGAAGACAAGAGCCUUCAGAUAGUUUAGCAGCAGAAAUCAUUACUCCUGAAAUAAACACCAUAGCCUUCUCAGUAGAGGUAAGGAGUGGAAGUGCAUGCAGCAACAAAAACAUGAAGGUUGUUGAUGCGUUAGAAACCACAGAAGCACCUGAGAACACAGGAACUGGAACUUUUUGCCCCAAAAAGGUGGCAGGAUUGAUAGCCCAGCUGAAGUGCCUCUACAUCAACGCAUGCAGCAUGAGCAGCCAACAGGAGGAACCAGAAGCCACUGUAAAGCAGGAAAACAAUGACGUAGAUGCCAUUACAGAAAUACGGUGGGAUGACUUGCACGACUGUAGUGGUGCAAUGGAUGACUGUAAACCCUUCAGAAGGGAUGGGCAAGGAGACGUGGGGUAG